AGGAACCAAAAUUAACCCUAUUUUUUUUCUAACCCAUUCUGCACGGGCUUACCCAUUCGGUAUCUACACUACAUGCAUUUUGCAUUUUUCCUAGCCCCAGUUCUGCUCUGUCGAUUUUGAGAAUUCUAGAACUUCUCUUUUCUGUGUUUAAGUUUGCUUUCAUAAGCCUACCCUGUUUCUGUAUUGAUACAUCACAACCACAUCUACUUACCCUCUGCAUUGCCUCUCGCAAUAAAUCUUUUACAGUGUCUCGUAGCACGGACCUUGUAACUGCUGGAUUUUUUUGAAAAUGAUGUUUCCUGAAAAUACGGCUCCGCUGCUCGUCCGUAUGAGUUGCGAAGCGGCGCCCGGGGGUCGUUGCUCUCCAGCGCGACCACUGUGAAGAACUACUGCUAGACCAACGACGACAAGCGGGCACUAUGCUUCGCCGCGCAGCAUCAGCAUGGCUUUGUCUCGCGCUGCUGUCGUCCCUGCAGCAGCAUGCGGUACGGGCCGAGCUGUCUCCCGAGACCUUCGCCGCACAGGUGGAGUCCCUCGUUGAGGAGAAAGCCCGGCUGGAGGCGCAGUUGCCCAAACGGCCCAUGGUGAAGCAGAAGAAGCCGCCGGUGUUUGUCGAGGGGCUUUACCGCAACCCGGUCUUCAACGGCGAGGCGGAGAACACCGACUACGUGGAUCCCGCCACCCGGAGCAAGCCACGACAAACGGGAGGAGCCUCGGCUUCCGUAGUGCGCGGGCUGGAGUCCUUGCUAUCCGCCAACGGUGUAGAGCCGGAGCCAAACAGGGUGGAGCAGCAGGCUACCACUACAUCACAGCAGGAGCCGCUAGUUGUAGCUAAACCCCGAACCAAAAAGGUCUACAACGAGGUGCACGAGCAGAGCCAAUGGACGGCAACGAAACUGGCCGCCCGGGUGCGCAGCCCCCUGCGGGCCUACGCGGAAGACCACAACUCGCAGGACGACCCGCACAGCGAGGAAAAGGCCCGUCUGCUGCAGGGUUCCACGGGCGGCGUGGAGGGUGUGAACCUGGCUCUGAACAAGGGAGUGGCGCUUUCCUCCGUCGGGACCGAGGUCCACCCCAACCCCGCCAUCGGCGAGCGGCAGGGAUCCGCCGGGUUUGCGGUCGACGGGAAGAAGGGCAUGAGUUUCUUCCAGGACCGGUGCGCGCAGACCUGGUCCUCGGGCACGGACACGGACGACUUCCCGUGGUUCCGCAUCGACUUGGGCCGGUCCGAGCAUGUCGGGCUCAUCCGGCUGUGGCCGCGCAACGACGUGGUGAAAACCUUGACGCACUUCGAGUUUCGCGUUGGCGGGAUCGGCGGCUCCCGGUGGGACGAAAACAUGAUCUGCGGCAGCGGGCCCAACGGCGGGUUGAGCGGCGUCAUAUGCAUUGCAUGAGUAUCGUGCUAUAGUAGGAGUUGCACAAAAACACAAAAGUGAAUGCAGUUAUCUGCAAUGCUGCUUCCAUAAAUCUGUCAUGCGUGAUGUCUGCAUACAAUACAAGUGGGUGCGAUAAACUUUUGCAUUGCAUACGUGACGGAGUACGACGACGACGGGGUGGUGAUGAUACCCGGGCAGAUGAACAGCAUCACCUGCGAAGGCUUCGGCCGCUACGUGUUUAUCGUGAUCAAGCUCCGGUCCGCGGUGCUGGCCUUGUGCGAGGUGGAGGUCGUCGCCCAGGGCCCCGUGGGGAUCAUUGACCAGUCCGUGGUCGCCGGCCAGCCCUUCAACAUCUACCUGCAGGGGAUCGGGAUGGGCCUGGCGAGCCGGGUCCGGAUCGUCGACGACACGAUUCUGUGCGGGACGAAAGCGUCUCUGACCAUGUCCUCGAACGUGUUUCCCCUGACCGCUCCCACGCACUCCCCCGACCAAACGGGCGCCAUGCGGUGGGAGCAGUGGAGCAACGUGACCAUCGGCCGGUCCGGGUACUACAAAAUCUGCUGGUGCGGGGGCAACUGCGACGUGGGCGACGACGUGUUUUCGCAGCACGCGGUCCGGUUGAUCGUGACGGGCAGCAUCGUCACGAUUGCCAACGGCGCUGGCACCGCGCCGACGAACACGUCCGGCUUGGAAAACGGAAUCGGCAUCAUCAACUCGUUGAUGGACCUAUGAGAGUGCAAAACAAGAACUCUUCCACCUCGUCCCGUUCAUUUGUCAUGGAAAAUCACAAGAAACCCAACGGAGGCGUUGUGGCACUGUUUGCAUGAUAAGUUUAUCUUUUCGACGGAAGCUGCCCUAACAGUACUGCAACUGCUGCUGCUACACCAUAACGCACACGCAGCCUCUGCGCGUGCUGGUGUUUGUAUUGCUGUUCCUGCUGUACAAAUCAGGGGAAGGGGAGUAAGUACUUUAUGCACCCUCAUAGGAGAAGCCGCAAGAUGUCGCCGUGAUGGACCGUGGCGUAUUUGUCGCGGAGGGACACCGACUGCGGUACCUGGAUUUGAUCUACGGGCAAACCUACCGGAUCGCCGGUGGCGUGUAUUUGGGGAACGGGGGGAACGGCGGAUUGUCGAAGGACGCGCUGCUGAACGUGCCCGCCGGGAUCACGCUGGACAAACGCUACUACUGGGAGUUCAUGGCCGUGAACGCAGCCUUCGGGACCGCGCAGUUCCAGACCGCGAACGGCGACAUCUACAAAAACACGCAGCAGUUCGUGUACAGAUUGUACUUCACCGAGGAAAAUAACCACCAGGUCCGCAUGAUCGAAUACUCGCCCGCGCAUCUGAUGACCACGGUAUAGAGGUUUUUUUUUAAUUGAAAAAUGCAAUGCGACAUCAUGAUCACAGUGUUUGCGAUUGCGAGUUUCCUUUUGAACAAGCGCAGUGCCGUUUGAGAACGGUCCAUUCACAAUCCCUUCAUCCAAUCAGGCCGGCAUGACGGAGGCCCUGCUUUAUGCCACCACGGGAAUCAUCAGUCAAAUUGCCGGGACGGGCAGCCCCGGUUUCAGUGGAGACGGCGGGUCCGCGCUGCUGGCGCGUCUAGACUCGCCGAACGGGAUCUUCCUGGACAGUGACAACAUGCUCUGGGUGGCGGAUACCCUGAACAAUCGCAUCCGGAUCGUGUAUCUGGACACGCUCAGCUCCCGCUACGGCAAGAUCUACACCGCGAUAGGAGAAGGACCACAAGGGUAAGUAUGCAUUUUUUACUGUGGGACUGUUUUUCGUGCUUGUAAUUUUGCAUGCUAAUGCAGCCCCUCCUUGUCGUGGGGGUGAUCGUGAUUCUUGCUCUAGGGCAUGCAGGUUUGCUAUGGCUGGUAAAAACCUGUUAAACAAACUUCGCUUUACACAGUGAUACUCCAACGACAGGUAUGGUGGUGACGGCGGCAACUCGCUCCGCGGGCAAAUCAACCUGCCGAAGGGUGUCGUGUGCACGCACGUGGACCCGUUAGAGGAGGACGACGAGGAGGGCCGAACGCUGCGGGCCGUGGUCUACUUUUCUGAGCACGGCAACCACAUUGGGAGGCAGGUGCAGAUGCACUUCGGCGAGACCUGCGGUCUGCAAAACGGCCCGAUUUGCGGGAUCAUUGACACCUACGUCGGCACGCCAAUGCAGAGCGGGUACAUGCUCGGGCAGCUCCGGGACACGGCCUUCCUGAACAGCCCGGUCGGCUUGACGUUCAAUUCGCUGACCAACAUGCUGAUCAUGUCGGACCGCGGCAACCACCGGCUGAUCGGCAUGCCGACCGCGCAGGUGGUCAGCAUGGGCUGCUGGCGAGACAGCACGGAUCCCAACAGUGUGCUACUCGCGAGUUUAGAAAACCCCAACCCCCCCAGCCAAUUCCUCGUCGGCGACUACCUGCAGCGCACCAACCCCGUGGAGGCCUGCUUCUUCGAAUCCCUGCGGCUGGGGUACGUGGUGUUUGGCAUUCGGCAGAACGGCAUGUGCGUGUCCAACAAAAACGCGGAAAACACGUACAAAACCUACAAAUCCUCCACGACCUGUGUCGACGGCCUCGGGUCUACGUCCGACAACAACAUCUACAAGAUCAUCGCGCCGGGGCAAAGUUUGGCGGAGCUCGGACGCGUGUUCGCGUUGGCAAAUGCGCCCGGGGUCGCGGGGUACGCGGAAGCGGCGACCAAGGAUUACAGCAUCGCACUCAACGCGAUCUCCUCGCCACUCAACGCGCCCAGCGGGAUCGACGUGGACCCCGCCUCGAACAACCUGUGGAUCGCGGACACGUUGAAUAACCGCGUGCGGGUGAUCUACGGCCAGGCCGGGCCGAAUUCCGGGCAGACCUACCGAUGCACGAACGGCAUGCGGUGCAUCAUCGAGAUCCGGGGGAACGGCAUGAUGACCACCGACAAGAUCGGGAUCUUUCCCCAUGGAACGGCCUGCGGGGACCCAAAAAGCUUCUUCGCGGAGGGGUUCAAGGACAUGAGCGGGGUGUCGACCAACCCGGCCUCGCUGAUCCCGUCGAACAUGUUCGAUGCGAAGGAUUUCGACCUGGGGAUGCCGGUGGUGGAGAAGGCGGCCCACUUCCAGGUCUGCUUCUGCCCCGAUCAGAGCGCGCGGGGCGCCACCGGGGCGGCGGUGUCCGCGACGCGCAUCUGCCGGGAUGCCCGGUAUUUCACAACCGGCGCCGGGAUUCUGACCAUCUCCGGUCCCGAUCGUCUGCGGCAGGAUGUGCGGGUCGGGGAGGCGUUCCACCUGCUCGCCCAGGGUGUGCAGCUGCACAUCGGGGACCGCAUCAUGUUCCGAAACGCGGUGGACCCCGCGACCGGCGUUGCGAAGACCUGCAUGGACAACUUCCAGGACGGUAACGGCGCGGAUUUGGCGGCACACAUCGACGAUUUGAACAUGUUUAUGUACGAAAUCGCGAUCACGCCGCCGUACCAAAUCCCGCGGGACUACGGGAACAGCACCUCCUCGCUGUGGCAGCGGGUGGAGCUGAAGCGCGCCGGCGUGUUCCUCGCCUGCUGGUGCGACGGCCAGCGCGAGCCGCCGGUCGGGUUCCGCUCCCGGCAGACCUCGGACCAAAUCCCCUGCCGACGGAGGGGCGACUACCAGGUGCAGGCCGCCGAGGUGCACGUGCAUGGGCCGUACACGAUGGACGGGACGUUUUACGCCCCAGGCUUGAGUUCCGUCGCGUACACCGCCCAGGUUAGCACCUACGUGCAGCUGAAGCUGCACGGCACCGGGUUCCGCCGGUCCGACCGGAUCCGGAUCGUCAAAAAGCUGUCCGCCACGCACAAGUGCGGGACGCUCGGGCAGAUGUCGUUCUCCAACACGAUGUUUGGGCGCGCACCGACCGGGCCGCCGAGCAUCAUCUCGGACUAUUCCGCCACAUGGACGGAUUUUCGAUUCAAAGACAACCAGGAGAUGCUGAUCUGUUUCUGCGGCCGGAGCACGGGCACGAUGGAGCACGUGAGCCAGAACUUCCCGGGGCACGUGGACACGAAAACGCACGGGGGGUGCAUUCGGGACCAGGACUUCAACAUUCUCGCGGGUGUGUUGCAAGUGAAGGGGUUGAGCGCGACGCAGGACCAGGGCGGUUUGUUCCGAGUGGAUAAGCAAACGCUUUUCACGGUCACGCUGAAGGGCAUAGAUUUUACGCGAAGUGAAAAGAUCGCCUUGGUGGAGAAUUACAUCGCCUGCGGCUCGAGUUCCGCUGGCAUCUCAUCCGCGCAGCUGAUUGGCGACCAAAUCGAAAAUAUUCCGAUGCGAAACCCCGCCCGGACAGAAAUCAGUUGGUCGGACCUGCGGAUUGACUCCGACACAAUUCUGAAGGUAUAGUGUUUUGUUUGCGUUUGAUCUGCUCUUUGGUUGCUUCCUAUUAAUUUGAAAAAAGUGCCUGCGGAAGAAAUAAAGUGUCUGUUUCAUAUUGUUUUCAUCUCAUCAUCACAACCCGUCGACUUCUCAGAUUUGCUACUGCGGUGGUGACUGCGACAGCGGUGCGUCCUACAUGCUGGAGAUCGGUGCGAUCUUGGUCGGCAACGCCGCCAGCCACAACGUGCUGCCCACGUCUCUCGUGACGUCCAAUCCGACCGAGGAGAAGCUGCGCGAGUUCAACCACGUGCAUUCCUUUCCCGUGCAGUACUGGAAAGCGAAGUUGAAUGUGCUGUACGGCUACAUUCUGCACGUGAAAACGCGCGACGCCCCGGCCGAGCACAGCGGGUCCGCGGGCCCCUUCCACAUCUACUUCUGCCGCACCGAAACGGAGUGCAUGCCCCAGUUCGCCGUGAUCGACAACCUGAAGCCGCUCGGCGUGCAGGCGUGCAAGGGCUUGACCUGCUGCGGUAACGGAAAUAUGGUGAGCAACGCGUGCCAGUGCAAAACCGGGUAUUCGGGGGACAUGUGCGAGGUGCAGGUGUUCACCAAGCCCCGGGUGCUGAUCUCCCCCGUCCCGCUGGAAUUCCGGUCCAUCCGGGUCGUCGCGGGCACGAACGACGCCUGGUUCUGCGAGUACAUUGAGGUUUUCUUUGGCGGGGACCAGGACGCGACGGACGUGGCCAUGUACGACAAAUCAAACAAAUAUCCCCUCAACACCUGGCUGUCCGCGACGGCCACGCCCCGCAGUACCACCACCGGGAAGUACUACUUCUACGAGUCGAACUGGCGCAACGCGAACCAGCAGCCGGCGUUCACGUUCCCCUUUCCCCUGCGGGAGAUCGCCACCAGCUACUACGUCCAGUCGGACCCGUGUAACGGGUGCUCGCUCGGGUACGAGUGCGUGCAGCUACCCAUCCUGGAGGCGGAGCUGCUGUGGCGGGACUUCGUGUUCAAGAAGACCCCGGACAUAUGCAGGAAAAAAACUGUGUAAGUGUAAGUCUGUGAUGCAGAAAAUGCAAAACGGUUACGCUUGUCAUGCUCCACAUGCAUGAUAGGCUCGUUUCCUACGUGUUUGCCCGUCCCAUCCGCGCAUGACAAGUUUUUCCUGUCAUGGCAGACAAACUUGUCAUGCUGCUUUCUCAAGAGUAAGAGACCCACACUAACACAGUUUAUUUUUCCUUGGAUAGGACAGGAUCGGUUCCGCGCAAGCGACCUGCCAGCCGGUGUGCGGCGACGGCUACGUCGUGGCGGACGAGCAGUGCGACGACGGGAACAUUCUGCCGGACGACGGCUGCAGUCCCCUGUGCGAAGUGGAGCACGCGUGGCGCUGCGUCAGCAACUACGUGGAGGAAAACGCGAAGGUGUCCCUGAAGUCCGUCUGCGCGCUGGAGUUCUGCAACGAGCGGCCGGGCGGGUCGGUUUUGACGCAGGGCUACGGCCUGGCGCAGUUCCAGCGCGGCGGGGAGAUUGGGUACAUUUGCAGCGAGAACGCGGCCAGGACGCUGGUCCCGCGGGACGACAAGUACCUGCGCUGCUACGCCUGGACCCCCUCGACGACCGCCUCGGAUACGGAUAUCUGCCCCUCUACGUUAUACCAGUACGAAAACUUCAAGAACCUGGCGGGGACCGGGUUCGACACCUACACCUUCCGCCCCAAGCGGUACACGAAGCUGGACUGUCGGGCCUACGACAUGGUGGAGCGCGCGCCGGGCCGGACCGUGGACACGCAGCUGGCGAACCAGAAGCGGGACGCGCCGUUCAAGACGCAGGGGUACCGGACCAAGGAGGAGUGCCGGGACGCGUGCUUCUCCGACCCGGAUUGCGUGUACUCGCAGUUCUGGAUUCAGGGGGAGCAGGCGAGUACGUGCGAGGAAACCUUCAACUGCCACAGCAACUGCAAAAUCGUCGUGGCGUACACGACGGAGCGCCCCGCCACCGCGUCGGAGAAGUUGCAGUACGGCAACGGGUACAGCUACCUGUACGCGAAGGUGCGGCGCGCGGGCGGCACGCAGGACGGGGACUACUACUGCUCCCUGCAACAGCCGCCGCGGCCGGUGUCCAGUUACUACACGCAGGACUUUGGCGCGGCCAUCAUUCUCUUCGACGACGCCAUCCAGAACGUCCGGCUGAUGCAGGAGGGCUUCUGCACGGACUUCGUCGCGGCCAGCGCGGACGGGUUGAUCGGCGGCACGGAGGCGCAGUGCAUUUGGAAAUCGCCGAAGCACCUGUACCUGCAGUUCGGCGGCCGCGCGAACAUCGGCAACACGGAGUGGGCCUUGAUGGCGAGCGUCACGGCCGAGACGACGAUCGCGCCGGUGUCGUUGCAGCGGGAACUGAAGACAGACUUCGCACUCGCACCCAGAAGCCUGGCAGGACACGUUUCGACCACCACGGUCGUGACCACGAUGGUACCGGUGUACGAUUACCUGCACCAGGUGCACGGCGGCCCGAGUUAUUUGGUGUUCAAGUCCUCGCACUUGAGGCCUCGCGGGCAGCCGGACUUUCCGCCCCCGCAUCCGGAGCGGAACUACGGAAUCGCAGUGCGGUCGCAUCCAAACGUGGUCGCGCGCACACCGGAAGUCAUUCUGCGCGCGCCGGAAAGCAUUGGCACAUGUAGUGACAUCGAAUUUCGGGCGAGCGAGAGUCACACCAGUGGUAUAUCUGCAUACUUGUUGAAUACUUAUGCUUUUACUACACAUUUUCACAAUCAGUUUUCUCUUCAACUGUUCGUGUUACAACCCAGAGGUUGUUCACUCUGCUACAAACCGAACUUUCAGGUAUGCGCCGCUGGGCCAGCGUAAAGUGGACCUGUUUGGAAACUCGGCCGUUGGACGAGAAUGAUUUGUUGCAGGUUAUGCGGGACAUUCUGUACAACUACUGCACAACGCACGUCCAACCCCUGCUGGACAGCAAGCCGUGGUGCGGCAACGACGACAGUAAUGAUCCCGACAUCAUUGGUGUCCGCCCCUGCGACAUGAAGGUGGUCAUCCCCUUGUCGGUGGCUUGCCAAUUGCUGUCCAUCUCCCUGCGCGUCGACGUCGUUACGUUCAAUGGCUUGGAGGGUCGCGCGGAGGCCACGGCGAGCCGGGGCUCCAGAAAUCCGUUCCUCCCGUCGGCGCGCGCCGUCGGGCCUACGAAGUUACAUCUACCGAUGGAGGUGGAUGAUGGGAAACCAAUCCGCUUUGAGGUACGGUUAGAAUUCAUUUUUUUAUAUGAUUCCUUGACUCUACAAUUUUUUUGCUUCCGAUUGAUGCCACGCGUGCUUUCGGUUUCGCGAACGCAAGAACGUCGCACCGCACGGUCGUAGAAUGUCUUUAUCACUCUCAUCUCCCCACGACGUCCACAGGUGACCACGCGCACGCCCGAGUACCUGCACAGUUGCUACCGGCCCGUGACCCCCGACCAUCCGGACGGACCGACCUGCAUCCAGUCCAGUCCGCUCUUCCGGACCACCGCGUCGCUCUCCACGACGCAGAGCCCGCAGACGUUGCAGGUUGCGGACGAGCUGUCCGAUAUGGUGCGGGAUUUCAUCAAGGUGCGCUGGUACUACGGCAACUUCAUGAUCGGUCCCGGCGGACAGCGGAUCCCGCCCGGGAUUAUGGAGCUGUACAGCGUCGACGACCAGAGCGAGUCGGUAAACCAGAACGUGUUGCUGAUUCCCUCGUUCAAGCACCCGCACAUGUUCUACCAGCCGGGCGCGAUCUGGUACUUCGCCGCGGCGGUCACGUUCAGUACCCGGGCGGCGGAGGAAACGGCGUUCUCGUUGGUCCCGUUUGAGGUGUCGAUCGGAACGGUGCAGCAGCCUAAAAUUCACCUGCGUGCCCCGCUCGUCGUGCAGGGCACCACGUGCGGGUUCAUCGUGGACGCGUCAAAGAGUUCGUACACGGAACUCCGGGCCUGGUCGACGGAACACGGAGGCGGAAUUCCGAAUGCGCGGAGGCUGACGGUAUAAGUUUUAAUAGUGCCCACAUGCUUAAUAUGACGAGUAUACCAGAACUUUAACUUUUCUUCGAAAUACUUUCGUGAUUGUCGCUAUUCUGCAUACUUACUGUCCUGGUGCGUGGCUCUCCAUCAAUCACUUCCAUGAUCAACAAUCCCAGGAAUCCGAGAAGCGCAAGAUCGUGAACCGGCGGCAGCUGGUGACGGACACGAAGCCGCGCGAGAGCCAGGGGUUCUCCGAAGAAGCCUACCAAAAGAUGGCGGCGGAGCGCACAGAGGACGUGCCGGCGCUGGCCCGGUGGCUGGAGGCCGGCGGCAACAGCACCACCUUCCUGCGUGAGCUGCAGCGCCGGUACGACGAGGAAAUGGCGGUGCGGUGGUUCAACAAGGAACACUACAGACACCAGCUGCUCGCGUUCCCGAAUCACGAGCGCAAGAUGCUGGAGGGACAACAGAGCAAGAAGCUGUUGAGUCAGAAGUUAGUACCAAUCACUUCUCCACAAGUGGCUGCGGGUGCCUUGUCCAGAGACCUCCAAGCGGAUGGGUUUGCGACCACCACCACGACAACGACGAAAACUUUCGACAUGGCGUCGUGGGACGGGCUGACGCACAUCGACGAUCCGCGGUUCGUCGAUUGCCUCAACCAGUUUCCUGACAUGAAGGAAAUCGAGAACCCGUCGGAUUUCUUCAGCAUCCGGGCGAUUUGCGACGCGCUGAACAAGACUUCCAACUACGAGCCCUGUAUGGACGCCUUGGUGUCGGCCCGCGUGCAGACGCAGACGCUGCCGGACAGCUACUGCCGCAUCGCGACCACCAACUGCACCACCGCGGUGUCGCCCGCCAUCUCGGAGCCCGCCUGGUGCAAGCCACAGCCGUUAGUCGUGGAUCCGAACGCCGUUACCUCCGUCGGGUCCAGCCCGGCGCGCGAGCACCGGAUGGUGUACCGGUGGAGCUGCCGCCGCCUGGCCUCCAUCGUAGACGACGAGCAGCCGAAAGUGCCGACGGCGCUCUCGAUCCUGAAGGAGGUGGCGGACAAAUUAGCGGUGUGUCAGAACGCGUACGGGUUUGUCCCGGCAUUGGAACUCCCCGUCGGCCUCGCCGCGGGCCUGUACGAGUUUACCGUCGAGCUCUACGACCGCGCGACGAAGGACAUGGUAUUCAACGUGCAGGACACCAUUCUGGUGCAGGUGCUCGGCGUGGAGGCGGAGGACAUUUUCCCCGUGCACAUCGAGUCCGCGUACGACGGCACCACCAUCACGGACAUGGGCCGGGGGCCGACCUGCAUCCGCGCGGACGACAAGUCGGAAAAGCGGUUCGCCAUGCGGUUCCGCGGCACGGACCCGCGCGAGCCCUUCCGGAACCUGAUGCUGAUCGACGCGAACAACACGAAGGCCCUGAACGACCUGCGCACCAUGGCGGGCGGGUACCCGGAACUGAACGUCACGACGGAGAUGACGGCGUCCUUUCAGAAGUACCGGCGGGACCUGGGGAUCACGAUCACGGAGUCCACGCAGAUGCUGGAGUACAAAUUCCGGGGCUACGACAAAGUGCUCACCGCCGGCUUCGUCUACGACUAUUUGGUGGUCGGCGCGGAGAAGUCGGUCGCGAACAAACUGACCGCGUUCUACCGGUACACCAACGAGACCACGGACCGCUUGUCGUUGACGAAGCAGCAUUUAGACUACCCCUACCGCUUCCCGGAAGAAAACCUCGAUCCGGACGGCCAGAAGCGGUUGCGCGGCGUGCACGGCAACACCAUGGAGGCGGCCGUGCGGCCGGGGAGUCCGAACCUGAUUUCGGUGCCGACCAGCGGUAUCGCGGUCAAGGACAUGUUCCAGCUGGACAUGAUUUUCGCCACCAACUACGCCCCGCUGCUGUACAAGUACGUGUACGCCGAGAUUCCCACGAGCCUGCAGCAGGCCUUCGUCGACUGCCGCGACUUCCAGUCCUCGCCGGUGAUCCGGCGGAACGCGACGAAGUACCUGGCGGAGACGCUCACGCCGGUCUUCAAGGAGAUGCGGGAAUUCUCCUUCCGCUCCGACAUGGAGACCACGUUCGCGCAGGGCAACUACCUGAUCGGCGGCAUCGCCCGGGAUCGAUUAGGCGCUGAGGGCGCGACCUACGCGUGCAUCGAGGUGAAGGAACUGCACCAGGAGGACGUGACCUACAGCCCGAUCAAGAAGUUGGAAGCGCUGGACGAGUUUGUCCGGCGGACCAGCGACGCGCUGGCGCAGCUGCGGGGAAACAACCAGCCGGGCGGAGAGAUCGCGUUGAUCUACGAGGUGAUCACGAAGGACAUGCCGAAUUUCUGGACGUUCGACUGGGAAACCAUGGCGUUCGAGAACGAUCCGACGAUUACGUUCGUGCAGCCGCUGGACAAGCCGCCACUGGUGAGCAAGGCGCAGCGGGAACGCGCGGAAAAGUUCGUGCGGCAGGUGCUGAACAGUCUCGCCUUCGCGGCGGGGCAGCUCGCGAGCGAAAACUUGCUUAAACCGGACUUCCAGCCGCCGGACCAGCCCAGUGCCGAGGGGCAGACGAUCUCCAGUGCGGUGGCAACGAACACCGCCACCACAGCGCCGCCGAACACGACAGCUUUAUUGCGGGAGUUGGAGGAAGGGAAUCAAAUGAACAUGGGCGGAGGAGAAGAAAAGCCGGAGCUUCUCGAGCUGGAACUGAUGCAGGACACGACGAAGAGGAAAACAGGGCUGAACGUCGACGCCAAGUUGCUGUCGAAGGUGAUGAGUGAAGCGGCCAGAGUGCCGGCGAUGCGACAGGCGGAACAAGGACAAGCGGAAAAUCAACAAAAUGCGAAAGAGCAUGAGUCUUCUUCUUCUUCUUCCCCACGGCAGCUGACCAACCACGCUAUGAACCACUUGAUGACGCACAAGAAGCUGAACACCAUCAACGAGCUUUACCACAUCAACACGCUGGCGAAUUCGCUGCUGUUGAUGACGAAGCAGAUUGGCGUCUUCAAGAACAGCACGAUCGACAUCCUGGCCGCGGACGCGAUCAACGUGGUGAUGCGCCGGUUCCGGGACUCCAACGGGAUGCUGUUCCACUUCGACACGGCGGCGAGCGAGUUUCUGGAGGCGGAGUCCAUUCUGCUGGAGAGGACCCGGCACUUGCACCUGGCGCGGAACCAGCGCACCGUCGCGAACUUCAACUUCACGGACCACAUCGACGCAAAGUUGUCGAAGGAGAUCAUUUCCGGGGUUGUGAACAUCGCCGAGUCGUACGUCGCGGGCGCCGCGCACGGGGAAAUGCGGACGGUGACCGCGCCGUAUUACGACCAUACGGGGAAGCCGGGAAUGUCGUUGUCAAUUUCCAUUUCGAAGGACAAGCCGGCACUGUACGAAACCGGGGCGGAGAACAACGGCAUGGGAAAAAUGCUGGUAUAGUUUUCUAUUUUCUCACGCAGAGCCAGAGUUUGGGUUUGCUUUUGUGCAAGGUCAAUGCUGUUGCUGUUGGAGCACGUUGGCUGUGUUUUUGCGAGUUUCUUUCUCGGCGCACUGUUAUGCUAGGAGUUUGAUCUUUACAGGCCUUUAUUUCGAUUGAAAACAAUUUGCACCACUUUUCUUCAGGUCCCAAACGCGAACCUGGUUGGUCGAUGGCCGUUCCCGUACACGCGGGUGGCGCUGAUGGGCACCCCGAUGACGGACGUGAUCAUGAACCCCGCACACAGCACGUCCUCGGUGUUCCACAUGAACUACGGAGAUGCAGACAUGGGCGCGAACGCGAAUCCCUUUCCGAUGCAGCCGCCCGGGGUCACCGCGGCCUUGAUGGGCGUGACCACCACGCAGGCGCCGGCGGGCAGGCAGAGACAGCUCGGUAUCCAGGCGGAUACUACAAUUGCGGGGUCCUCGCCGAGCAGUGAGGGGUCCUCUGAUUUGAUGUCUCCGGAGGACGCAGACCUGCGUAAGCUGCUCAUUGAGGCAGAUCCGGCGAGGGAGCUGAGCAAUCAUGUCGUCAUGACCACGCCACCACCGAGCACGGUCGGGAACAUUAUGAUGGGUAUAGUAGUUACUAAAUUUUGAGUCAAUCAAUCUUUAGCUGUCCUCCUUGCGUUUUGUAUGCUGCAGAAUUUCAUGAGCAUGACUGCCACGGCGUCUACUGCGUUUUUCGAAAAAACGUUCUUGCAGCCACGCAGCGCUCUUCGAAGAUCAAAAUUUUCAUUUUCACCACUUGCAAAAAUCAGAUUUCAACCGCCACAAGUGCUGGGAGCACAACCAAAAGUUCAUGGACGACGUGUCCAUUUACGCGGUGUCUUGGCCAAAGGACCCCUUCUUCUACGCCUACGGUGACGCGGGGAUCCGGAACAACGUGACCCUGGUCUACUCUUUAGGCCUACGGUCGUGCGGCGAGCCGCUCCUGGUGCAGAAGAUCCAGGCCUUGGAGCUGGAUUUCCGGCUCGAGACCGACCUGGUCCGCGAGAACCGGUACGGGUACGGGGACAUGAAUCCCUACCGCGUCGUAUCCUGAGUAAAAACGUCCCCACCCCAGAGUUGUCAUGCAAAUCUGCAUGCUGGAAAUGUUUGUCAUGCGGAGCCCCAUAACAAGCGUUUUCUAGUCGCGUUUCGGAAUUUGUCAUCGUCCAAUCAGCAUGAUAUGCUACAUCUGUGAUGCUGCUGAACUAGCUAAACAGGAUUACACUACGAGGCCAAGCUUGUCAUGCGCAACAGCAAAAGCUUGCUGAUCUGUGUAGGAGAUUUCUCGUCUUGACUAUAGGGUGGGGACGUUUUUGCUCAGGAUAAGCCGUCUGGUGGAAGGAAAAUUUACUCGAUGACGGGAUGCGCGUGACCGCGGGCGGGGAGCGGACCCAGAUGUACCGGACGAUGCGCGGGUGGACGGAUGGCGGCUGCAUCACGCGGUGGAGCAAGGCGCGCGAGGACAUGGUGUACGCCACCUGCGACCACAUCAUCAACCAGUUCAACGACGGGUUCGCCGGCGGCUACCAGAUCUGGGGCCUCGAGACGCUGCCCAAGCCGGCCUACGCGCAGCCCGGGGUGGUGUACCUGAACAAAUCGAUCCACAACAACAUCACCUACUGGAUUCUGUUCAUCCUGUUGCUCUUCUACUUCGUACGAAGAUUCGCAUCCCACGCAGACAAGACCAAGUUCUGGCCGAGUGAAGCGACGUUGAGCCAGAUUUUGUUUCUCCUCGCGGAGCAAGAACGGCUGGAACGCUUGAAGGAGCACGAGCGGCUGCAGGAGAUCGCAAGGGAGGAAGCCAAGGACCCGUUCUACAAAGUGUUGCGGCAGCGGAAGCUGAAGCCGGUGGUCUUGACCGAGGGCGUGCCGGUCAUGCUGGUCUCCGCGUCGAAAUUCACCUACGAAUUCUUCUUCAAAGUGAACCGGGCGCAGGAGCGGGUCAAGAGGUGGUGGAGAAGAAGGGAGAGGGCAAGGAUGGAAAGGGGAGUGGAGUGGCGAAAUUGCGUCCGAUUUCGCCACGAAGAGAUGAUGACCAAUGAGGUAGAUAGCUUUUUUUCUUUUAAGUUUCGUGCUAUCAAGCGUAGCAGAUUGAUCCAGAUGCUCUGUUUCUCCACUGCCUCCAGGCCCGCUCGAGAUAUUUAUUACCAUGUAUCAUGUGCUCACCAGUGGUCGUGGUUUGAUUUUAAUGGGACGAGUUUUUCAUUGCCGAUUCUUAAUCUUAUGCGCACCCCACACAAACGACGUACACCAGGUUCGCGAGCUCCGGUCGAUGCGCGAAAAGACUAGAAAUCGACUCUACGAGCACUUUUUCCAGCAAACCGAGCUCCACCCAGACGACAUCCACGUGGACGGGCAGAAUAUCCGAAUAGAAACCAUCCAUGACAUCCUCGGAAGUGCGGAGAGUUCGGAGUACGAGUCUUCGGUUUCCGAUGGGGACAUGGAUGGCAUGCCCCAGGAGGCGCCAGACGUGCCGAAACUCGAGGAUGUGCUCUUCGACAACGAGCCAAAGAACGAGCUGGAGGCGCUGUUGGGGCUGGAAGGGGUACUCAAAUUAAAUAUAGUAUAAGCCUUUUGUGAAGAUGCUGAAGCGGAACUCCAGUUUUAGGUAGAGCGUUGCUCCUUUUGUAGUUGCGUAAAGCAGCACGAAAUCGAAAGACAUGGUCCAUGUCGCGCUUAGAGCGAAAUUACGAAUCGUCAAAUUGCUUCGGUGAAAUACUACAGGAGGACGAACCGGGCAAGCUGCCGGAGCUGCCGCCCGGGUGGCAGCACAUCGUCCGGGAAGACACGGGGGAAAGGGCGUACCGAAAUCUUCUCACUGACUUCGUCGCCAUGGAGCUGCCGAAGGAGGCCGCGUGGGGCGCGAUGGUGCUCCCGCCGGGCUGGAUGCUCUGUUUCUCGCACAAGUUCGACCGAGCCUACUACUUCUACCCGUCCAGCGGCAAGACGCAGUGGAACUUCCCGAAACCCGGCGACGAGAUCAUUCCCGAGGACCCGGAGAAGCACAUGACACUGGAGAGGCUGCAGCAGAUGCGGCAAGAGGAGCUGGACACGAGACCCGAGUACGGGCCGGACGGCAAGCGGUUGGAGACGGUGAAGGCCACACAGGUGCGAGGGAGUUUGGUGCAAGACCCGUCGGACGGCAGGAUAGACCCGAAGGCGACGAUAUGCAUUGCAAAAGUAUCGUACUAGUAGUAACCGCAUUACAAAUUAGCUCAGCAUGAACAAAUGGAAUUUGUAAUGCUGUUUUACCUUGGGAUGAGAAUUUGUAAUGCAUGAUUGCGAUUACUACGAGUACGAGUGCGAUACUUUUGCACAGGAUAGACGAGUAUUUUGAACGAAACGUUUAAGCAGCAGACGCUACAGAAGAGCACGAAUGAGCCGGAUCUGAUCCCGGGCCCGGGUCUGCCGAAGGAGGCAGCGCACCUGCAGCAGAAGCGGACGAUGGAAGCUCUGGAUGAGCUCGCAGCGAUGGGAUCGUCGCCGCAGGACGCUUCGGUCGUGGACAUGGCGGUGGCGACCCCCGGCCCGGCGGCCGAGGGGAAGCACAAGUUCGCCCAACCGUCUAGUAGUUCUGAGGACCUGGAGGCGACCGCGGUUUCGGUCAAGGCGAGUAUUAAAGAGGGGCAGCACAAUUUUGAAACCAUAAGCUCGACCUCGGGGACCACAAGUUUCGGCGGCAGCAGUUCUUCUACGGAUGCAAACUUUUUGAGGAGAAGGAUACUGCGAGGAGAUCGUGGUUCAUCGAACCCUCUGCCAGCGUUCGUCAAUUCUGAAAAAGUAUUAGUCGGUGGUAUUGAGUACACAACGCUGAUUGAGUCCAAGAACUUCCAGUCCGGCGGCAGCUCUUCGUCCACCUGUAGAACGCCACGCGGGAAGCCGCCAGAACCGAACGAGGAGUGGCGCGCGAAUCCGCCGACGCCUCCGCUACCAAGCAGGGCGAAACGACGGCGGACGCGGAAAGAGGUGGCGAUCGAGAUGAGCGAGCGGAAAGCUGCAUCAAAGGUGGCGCCAGACGACGAGUCAGGCGGGGUGGGAGAAGAAGGCCGCGCGGUGGAAAAGAUAAAGGACGAACCGCCAGGAGGAGAAACAGAAACGGCCGGCGCGCAGAGAACUGCGGUAGUACCAUCGUCGAGGAGAAAAACAACGUCGCCGCAGCGCAAACCUCCCGGCGACACAUCAACAGCAGCCCUGCCAGAGUUCUCUCCGCCCGCAGGAGGUCGUGAAGAAAGGGAACAAGAAACGCCACCGAGGUCUUCUGCUAUGAAUCAGGAGAAACAAGUAGAAGGCGCCCAUCGCAAAUCACCGGUGCAGAGUCCGCGCAACGUGGUCACGAACGCGCAGCACGCCCACGUGCCCGGUCGGCCACCAGCCGCCACGGGUCAGACGGACGUCUCGCUCGCGCUCCCCCCACCACAGGGCACGCAGCUGGCGCUGCGAAACACCACCGCCGCACAGAUGGACCAGUUCCGGCCCACCCUGGGUGGCGUGGGCGAGAACGCGCAGGUGGCCCGCGCCGGCCAGCAGCCAGACCGGUUGAGGGGCGUGGAAUUGCCGAAGAACUGGGAGGUGCACGUGAGCUCCGACGGCAAGAUCUACUACGUGAACGUGAUUUCCAAUAUCACCCAGUGGGAGGUACCAGUUUUACCGUUCCCGUGGCAAGAGAAGGUCUCGCGUUCCGGCCGGGUCUACUACAUGAACGACCAAACCGGCGUGACGCAGUGGCAGUGGCCGGACGGCGAAGCGAGCGGUGAGGCGAUCGGGGAUGAGGCGGGGAGCGAGUUCGAGACCGAAGAGGAUCUGGAGAGAUCCAUGACCGCAACCAGUCCCGGAGGUGGCUUGCAACUAGCCUUGCCCGGUGCAACGUUUCAAAGUGGGACCACGGACGGUAUGAUAAUCGAUUCAACUGUUUUCUUCAUGUUUAACUGAAGUAUGUGUAUGCUGCUGAUUUUUUUAGUCUCAGCCUGCAUGCUCUGAUUUGAAACGAAAAUUUGCCAAAAAAUCAAAUUCCACAUCAUAUAUCCAAAAUCCCCCAGGGGCUGUCGUUCCGUACAGCAGCGCUAUUGUGCCCUACGAGGAAGAGAACGACAUUCUUGCGGAGGGCGAAAACGUGGUCGCGGGCGUCGCUAAGGGCGACAAAGAGUGGGGCGUGGACGACAGCUUCGACAAAUACAAGAAUGCCGAGCUUGCCGCGCAACAGAAGAAGAUCGCCAUCGCGAAGCAGCACCGCACAGCACACCAGAUCCGCGGGAUACGCGACUUCGUGCGCCAGCACGAACUGGGUGCCUACGAGCAAAACUGGGGGAAGUACCUGGAUUCCGUGCGGGACAAGAAGGCCAAGCUGGAGAGAAGUAAAAAGCCCGAACUCGGGCAAAAAAUGCAGCUGGACAAAGAGGAGUUGCGGGAUUUGUUUCCGAUCGUCCAACGACUCCAGUGGACCCGGUGGACGCCGCAAGGACUGUAUUGAUUCUGCUUUAGAUGUCGAUCACAAGGUGGAUCAGUACCUAGUACAACAAGUGGCUUGGGUUUAAAAAUCGUUUCAGCACACUUGGUUCAACCUUCCAAAUUCAAUCCUUCCCAACCCGACAGGUACGUGAUCCUUUUCCUCCAACGCAACCACUUCGUGCGUAUUUUCGAGAAUUACGCGCGGCCGUCGAAAGCGCACCGCGAGAACCUGUGGGAAACCCGGCUCGUGAUCGCGGCGUUCAUCUUUAGCUGGGCGGUGUUCGGCAGUCACGCGACGCUGAACGAGGACGUGGCGGCCAGCGAGGAGCCACUGGUGGACCUGCUCGGCCUCCCCUUCGACAUGGGCUUCCAGGGGUACUUCAUCGUCUACAUCGCGCUCGCGGACAUCGUCUCCUCGCUGCUCACCAGCUUCUUCGAGGACGUGUUUUUUCAUCCGUACUUGGACCUGAAGGAGUUCCAGCUCGACGAGGAGAUGCGGCAACAGAAGAUGAAGUACUGGCACAAGGUGUCGGCGACCGGGGACGCGUUCUUGACGUACCUGAAGAUCAGCCUCACGUUCCUCAUGUUCAUCUUUGCGGCCGUCACACCAGCACCAAGGGUACUACUAUCCACUGGUUUUUGAAAAGUCUGUUUCUCUGUAUUUUUAUUUCCAAAUCUUCAGCAUGAUCUUGAUCUUCUGCAAGAACGUCAUGAAAAUUAUGCAAAGCCAUGCGUACUAUGCAAAUAAUCCAAAACGUCUGCACAGUCCGCCGCCACCGUCAUUAUGUUCUUGCUGUAUUUUGGCUGGCUGCACGUGCUCCGCCCCGCCAUCCACGCAGGAUACGUGUUCACCGUUCUGUUCAUGGCGACGAAGACGGAAACGUUCGACGGCUACCUGUCCUGGUACCAAAACACCAUGGACUUCCUCUACGUGGGCGUGAUAUGGCCCGCUCAGAUGUUACAAUCUCAAACGUUACAAUAGAAUUUGGAAAUCUGUGACGCAAGAGGUGCGUGAUCUAACCAAGUCGCAUAGGACUGCGCAUGACAACUUCCGGAGUCCCAAACCGCACUACAAUCUGCCGAAAUUUGUCUUGCAGAAAGUGGAAUGGUCUACGAGUCUGUCAUGCUCAUUAUGCAAGACAAUUUCCUGACUCUAUUGUAACGUUUAAGAUUGUAACACCUGAGCAGGUUAUACGUGAGCACCGCCGAAUUCCUGGCCUGGCGGCUGCACCGUAUCAUGAAGGAGGCGGUGAUCUUGAAGCAGGUGCACGAGAGCGAGUACGCGUUUGAACUCUGGCAAGCCGUGUUGGACACGCGGAAAGCGCCGAAAGCAAAGAGCCGGUACCGGCAAAACAUGGAGGACCGGUACAAAGCGUACGGGUGAGCGGGCGACGUAGUGCAGGUUGAAGCUGCCAGCGGCGCCAAAGACAACUGAGCAUCCAGCGAUUGGUCGUGAUCUGUCGCCGAACUGAAAUAAACUCUAAAUACUAUAAUCAACAAAGCAAAUGAUAACCAGAAGUAGUUCUUGUAUUUCGUCAUUCUAGAGUAUCUACAAAGCAACAGAAGUCGCGUGAAAAGGUAAGAGAAACUUUAACAAAGCAACAGGGCUAUCACGCCCGUCGAAAUUAACAGUAAGGAAAAGAAUGCUAAAUAACAACCGAAGUAGUCGAAUGCUUCCCUGCGGUAGCGAAUACUCGUGCUUGUCUUUGAUACUGUGCUGAAAAGUCAAUAAGUUAGUUACCCGGAGAAAGAAACUAGAGCAAGACAGAUGCGUCUUCGCCUGAUUACACUAAACUAGAAAAUAUAGUAGAAUCUACCAAAUUCAGGAUAGAUAAAGGAGCUGUCUUUGCUGCUUGUGUAUCUCAUUCUAAUACUUCAUCCUCAGCGAAUUGUUGUUAAUCUACCUUAAUCUCGUGCCAAAUCUACCCAGCUGGAAGAUUUUUUCAGCGGAUGUGAAUGGUGAAUAGAUUGCUGUCAAGAAUAAGCCAUAGCAGGAGCGGCAUGCUCCUGCUCCAAGAGCACUGCUCCGACUGUGA